AUGGAAGAAAUUCAUAAAAUAACAAAUGAUAUCAAAAGCUUCAGCCUUAAUGACUGCCCCGAAGGCAAUCAGGGCUAUGAACGAGUCCUCCUCCAGCUCUUUGGGUUUUUAGGACAUGGAAAAUCCUCCUUCAUCAACACCUGCAAGUAUAUCUUGGAUGAUGGGGAGUACAAGGUCUACGCAGAUGUCUCCAAGACACAAGGUGGGAACACAACAGCCAGAAUAACGUAUCCGCUGACCGACACCCUGACCCUGGUUGACAACCGCGGCUGCUCCAAGUUGGGUGAUUAUGAAACAGGAGAGGUUUUUGCUCAGCUGGCAAAUUUGUUACCUGUGGAUAAAGAAGUGGAGUGGAGCAGAGGGUUUGGGCUCACAGAAAGAAUUGUCAUGGCUGAAAGAUUAGUAAAAUCAUCAGACUUCAUCUUCCCAAUCUUUGUGUACAGUGUGAAAAAAGGCCUGCAACCGCGGCAGGUACCGGCCAUCAAACAAAUGCUCGAAUUUGCUAGAGAUGUAACAGAAAUAUUUCCCGUCGUUGUCCUCACCCACAAGACUCAAGGAGAUGUGAAUGGAAUAGAGAGAACCUUUAAGGACAUGGGAGUGGAGUUGAUUUUUUCACUUGAAAAUUUCACCCCAGAAGACCACUUAAAGACACGAGGAAGACACUGGGGUGUCCUGGGGUUCUUUCGUGAGGUAAUUAAAGAUCUUCAUUUCCGCCUGGAGCGACUGGGGGAUCCGGAUCAUCGAAGGGAGCAACGGACGCUAAAGAUUCUCAGAUUCAUAUCUGAUAGAGAAGUGAGAAUGAAACAGGAAAAAAUGGAAAGACUACAUAGAAUUGCACUAAUACCCAUUCAACAGCCUUCCUGCACUUUAAUUUAA